GCCGGACGGGACUGGCAAGUGAGUAUCAUCAUCUGGGAGUGCUCGGCCGGGGAAUACACCGACGUCGUCGGCGACCCAGCACCUCCAGCUCUGGCGACGGAGUGGUUCUGUUGCCUCACUCCAGACGGGGACAUCUUGGUGCACCUCCUAGCGGUCGGGGCUCUGGCUGGGGUGGUAGUGCUCGACAAGAUGGGCCAGCCCACCGACUCCACCUCCGAAGGUCAGAAGGCGCGGAGGAGACACUCGGUGUGCGGCGCCGACCGGGAGGCGAUGGCGCUCGACUACGUAGCAGCCUUGCGGUUUUGCCGCCCCGAGGCUCUCUCCAGCGGUCACCCGAGCCGGCGGCUCCGUGGGAAGCAAUUGCGACCAGCAUCGGGAACGCCGUCAGGGGAUGGAGCAGCGAAGGUUCCGACUGACAUGGAGGUCUCAGAGGGAGCCCUGCCGACGCCGCCCGACGGGCACUGUGGGGAGAUCCUCGCCGCGACGGGCUCGGACACCGCGCGCAUGGAGCCUUUCGGUGGCGCGACCGACGGAUAUGCUGUCGCAGGCGGGUUCGGUGUCGUACCGAUGGGCUCGGAGGCGCAUGUCGUGAGAGGGGUGAAGCGUGACGAGCUCGGAGGCGACGGGGACUUAGACGCCCGGUCGUUCAGCAUCAAGGUGGUGUUUGAGGGGGAGCGGUGCCGUCCGACCAAGGAUGCCGUGAACCUCCUCAGCGAGGCGAGCUGGCCCGUCCGGCCAGUGCUUGGCCCGCACACCACUCGUUGGUGCUUGCCGAUCCUGGCGGACCAGGGCGCACAUCCACGGGCACGGCACACGAGGUGGGGGCACGAGGCCGGGGUCUCGUCCGACGACCCCGGCGUCUCCGACCACGAGCUGUGCAUGCGCGUGCUCGGCCUGGGCAUGCCCUUCGACCAGCUGGACGGCGGCGAGCUGGGCUUCUUCGAGUACAUCGCGAGGCGGGCGCAGCUCAUUGAGCACCGCUACCGCGAGAGGGCCAUGGACCGGCCCGACGGCUUCGACGGAGCCGAGGACGACUACCUCAUGAUGGGGACCCUGGAGACGCGCGGCCAUUCGAAGAUCGCGCCGGAGCUCAAGGACUGCAUCACGGCCGAGCUCCACCGCGAGGCGGGCGUGCUCGAGGAGCGGCGCGAGCUUCGCGAGGAGCGGGCCAUCUCGUCUCGCGGCGGCGGCGGAGGCUGCGCAGGCAGUGCCGGCGACGACAAGGGCUCGCUGCAGCAGAAGAUCCAGCAGCAGGCGGCGGAGCUCAAGCGGUUCCAGCCUACCGGCGCCGCCCGCCGGCCGGGCCGCCCCGGGGCGUGCCCUGCCGGCUCUUUGGCCGGGAUGGUGGUCGCUCGCGAGCUGCUGCCUAUCAACCUGGCCGCCCUCUCGGCCCCGCGCGAGCCGCCUGGCGCUGGCCGCUGCGGCCGCAGCGUCCGCAGCCGGGCCCUCCGCCGGACCCUCGUCGACGAGCGCGUGCGUGAGUCGGUGACCGCCCUCAACCUUUUGUACAACCACGGCGAGGCCCAGGUCUCGCACCAACUUUCUCUUGCUCAGGUCCGUGGUGUCGAGCAUCUCCGACGUGGUUGGGAGCGACUCGGUGCCCCGGAGGUGAGCCCCGCGGCAGCCUGCAGUGAGCUGUGCGGGAGCAUGCCCGGGUAUGGCGACCCGGUGAAGACGGCUCCUUACCAGCGAGACCUCGUCUCGCUGCCGACCGGCGGGGUCCUGGCCGAGGGGGGCCGGUGCCUCGGCGGUGCGGCUUUAAGUUUCUGGAAGGAGUGGCGACAGCAUCUUUUGCGGCCCGGUGUCAGCCGGGAGGUAGUGCAGAAAUUCAGGCCUCACGUCGACAGUCGGCUACGUGCGAAGGGUACCUACGCCCAGUUCGUGUUAGACCUCCAGGCCGCCGGUUUGGUGAACCUGAGGGGCCGCCUCGACGCGACCUUGGGAGUGUUCUUCGUGUGGAAGAGUGACGGCGUCAGGCAGAGGCUGAUAUUCGAUAUUAGGGGUAGUAACGAGUUUUUCAACUCGCACGAGUAUUCUCAGCUGCCCACGGCUAGUGCAUGGAAUUCUUUGUAUGUGCCAGAUCAAUGCGAGCUCUCUUUGUGCCAGGCAGACGUCGACAAUGCAUUCUAUCGUAUCGGCCUGCCCGCAGGGAUUGAAGAUUAUUUUGUCCUCCCUCCUGUCUCUUGCCGCCACCUCGAGGCACUUUGCCCGGGCAGCUCCGGGGAACUUCGCGGGGCGGGGGAGCUCUCGCCCGUCCUCCGCGUAUUACCCAUGGGGUGGUCCUGGUCUUUAUACUUCUGUCAGUGUAUGGUAGAACAAGCUGUUCUCGACUCCGGCCUCCCCCCUUCCAGACUUGUCCAGGAUAGACGGGCAGCCGCCGGCCUCGAGGAAGGGCCUCUCGCUGCCGUCUAUGUCGACGGGGUCGCUUUCCUCGGGGCCAGCGAAAAGUGCUGCUCGGACGGGUGUGCGUCCGCCGUCGAGCUCCUGGGAUCUCGUGGUCUGAUUUGCAAGGGGAUGGUCGGGGCGUCUGAACAGCAGUCUUUCACAGGCCUCACGUUCGAACGCAGCUCGGGAAUCAUUUCGCUUUCGACCCGGCGCUUGUGGAAAAUCCGCCUGGGGCUCUUGGAGCUCUGCCGCCAGGGCUGGUGCACCGGGGUCCAGCUGCGCCGGGUCUUGGGCCAUUUAACCUGGGCUUUCCUGCUGAAGCGUGAGCUUUUGUCUAUCCUCAGCAGCGCUUUCCGUUUUUGUGAAAUGGCCGGGGAGCAGCGGUGGCGUCUCUGGAGUUGUGUGACUCGGGAGCUGCGGAUCGCCGCAGCACUUCUGCCGUUUGCCGCUGUCGACACCAAGAGGCCGUUCGACCCGUGCGCGAUGGCCUCCGACGCCUCCGGGGCCACCGAGUUCGACUUCGGGGGUUUCGGCGUCUGCGAGCGGGCCUGGGACUCGGAGGCAGUUCGAGCCGUGGCCAGCCGUGCGGAGAGGUGGAGAUACUGCGUCGAGGAUGCCAUUUGCGCCCGGGAGCAGAGUCUCGGGCUGGUCCCUCAGGGGCCCUCCAAGCCCCGAAGUUCCCAAGUGAGAGCCCGCCGUGGGGUUACCGACUUCUUCCACAUCGAUGGGGGGCAGAUCGGGGAUUUCGACACCUGGCGCGACCCGCGCGGGCCGGCGUUCCACGAUGCUCCGGCGGCCUGGGUCAGGCCUGGAGGCGCGGCCGGCACGAGCCCUUCGGCCAGCGCUGCCUUCGAUCGUGAGCUCGAGCGGACCAUCGUGCAGCGAGCCCGCGGGCAGCUUGCAGCUCCGCUCGGGCUUUGUGGUCUCGGUGGCGGUCUCGAUCCUGAGCUCGUCCACCUCGUCCAGUCGCUCGGGCAGUCCUGGUUCGGGGAGCCGCCGCAGCUGCUGCAGCUCGAGGCGGACGCCUCCAGGGCUGCGGCAGAGGGCCUGACGCUCCCGCAGACCUCUCGAGCGGGGCACGGGGCGCAGCUGCAGUACCAGCGGUCCUACACCGACUUCCUGGGCAGGAGCCGGGGGGGGAAGUUGAGGAUGAGCACCGUGGCCAAUUUGGCCCGGGGUCUCGCCAGCUAUCUGGACCGCCUGUUCUUCGACGGUCGGACUCGGGGGUUCUUCGCGAUCAUCGGGGCCGGCGUGUGUUGCGGCUUGCUCGAUUGCUGCCUCGGCCUCCUCGUCGUCUGGGGCGCGCACCUCAGGUUGGCCAGCGCUUCGAUUGGCGUGAGGGGUGGCUCCCAGGUGGCGCCAGCUCGGCGGAGCCGGAUCGACCGGUGGGCCAUCUUCUUGUUCCCCGAGGAGCUGCCCGAUCGGAGCAAGACGGGCCAGUUCGAGGAGGGGAUGGUGCUAGAGUCGGAUGCCGUGCAGUGCGUGAGCUCCGCCCUGAAUGCCCUGAAGUUGCGGAGCCAAGCGGACAGGCCUCUGUGGCCAUCCUCCAGUCCAAGGUUCCGCCAGGAUUUCGCCGCGUGCGCCAGCCUGGAGGGGCUCGAGGACGUGCCCCCGUACCAGGACCGCCACGGGGCCGACUCCCACGACGUGCUGUUCCAAGUGGGGGAGUUCGGAGCGGUCCAGGAGAAAUCCAGGCACCUGAACGAGUCGAGUACACGGCGGUGCCGCAAGGGGACCCGCUACCUGGCCACGGACGAGAAGUUGUCCCCCGAGAUCAAGGCGUUCGGCGAGUGG